GUUUUCCUUUUUUUUACACCCAAGUCCAUAUUUGGUUAAUGACGCCACAGGACACCCAGAGAUUCAUUUUAUAAGGAUCCUGCUGCGUCCAGGAGCCGUUUGAUGAGAGAUGAGAGGCGCUAUACUCACUAAAUCACAGAAAUAUAUUUCAGCAUAUCAACAUUCAGCAUGUUGGAGGGGACGGUGAUAACUGGUUAGUGGUUCAAAUGAUCUCCAUCCAUAAAUAAGAUGACAACAAAACUCGUUGAAGAGGUCUGCGCGUCUCUCGCGGACGAUAUUCCAGAGGAAAUGUACGCGGCGGAAGGCGGGCUGUCGGUGGUUUUUAAAGAAGAGGCUGCAGCUGACGAAGAACAUGAAGGUGAGGAGGGUAAUCUGCUGUUCGCGGACAAAAGCGCAGCAAAUCUGCCGCUGCAGGCCGAUUUGGCGCAGUACGUGGCCACUUUACGCACGCAGUCUGUGGCGUUUACCGGCAAGUUCUCGCUGGAGUCCAGAGGUGCUGGAGGCUCGUGGACCCCCGGGGACGUCCUCAACGUGGUCAGUGCUGACAUUUCCACUCCUGAACCAGCCGCCGUGUCUCCUGCGGUGUCACCAGAUAUUUACACAGAAGGAUCAGACGCAGCGGACAUGGCGCACGGCCAGCCGGACCUGAGCCACAUGUACUCAUCCACUCACCCCCAUCCUCACCCGGCCCCUUCUUACUCCUGCAGCGGGGACGUAUACCAGGAACCUUCGUCUGGUGGGUACCUGGCCACGUCCACCUGCGCCGUGUCCUACCACCCGCCUCCAUCCUACAGCUCUGCGCCCAAACCAGCGGUCGACGGCGCCGCUCUGCUCUCCAUUGUGCCAGAAUACGGAGGCUUCUACCAACAGAGCUGCCAGAGAGACAUUCAGACGGCGUUCCCGGACAGGAAGACCCUCCCGUACCCGUUGGACUCCCUAAGGAUCCCACCCCCUCUCACGCCUCUCAACACCAUCAGGAACUUUACGCUCGGUGCGCCAUCGCCGGGCGCCGAAGGUCCGAUGGCGCCUGCUUUCCCCGCACACCAGAACCUCCCUCUUAGACCCAUCCUGAGGCCCAGAAAGUACCCAAACCGGCCGAGCAAGACACCGGUUCACCAGAGGCCGUACCCGUGCCCGGCCGAGAGCUGCGACCGCAGGUUCUCCCGGUCGGACGAGCUGAGCCGACACCUGCGCAUCCACACCGGGCACAAACCGUUCCAGUGCCGCAUCUGCAUGAGGAACUUCAGCCGCAGCGACCACCUGACCACGCACAUCCGCACGCACACCGGAGAGAAACCGUUCUCCUGCGACCAGUGCGGGAGAAAGUUCGCCAGGAGUGACGAGAGGAGGAGGCACCUGAAGAUUCACCUCCGGCAGAAGGAGAAAAAAUCCUCCUCAUCCUAAACCUCCUCCUCGCUGCUGCUCAGUGAACUCCAUGAAAUGAACAAGCAGCGGAAUUAAUCCAAAGUUUAAUUUGUCUUUGUUGCCUUCAUGCGCAAAAGAGCCACAAAUCGUUUUGGAAUCAAUGAUUGAAAUCAGAACCAAUCAAGCAGGUAAAGGAGCCGCAGGAUGG